AUUGCUUAGACGCUAGCUUUCAAUAUAGCUAUACACACCAACAUCAAGACUCGAUGCACGAAAGAUGGCGCUGUAUGUAGUGGUUGCUGUGGCCCUGCUUGGCUCCUGUUGGGCAGCUCCUCCAGUUGAUUCUGAUCUGCUGAAUUAUGAUGAGGAUUCGGACACAUGGGACCUGAACAGCUAUGGAGAAACCUAUGACUAUGAUGUCUUGGAUGAGGAAGUUGAGAAUGCAGGAAUUGUGAUUGAGGUCGAGACUAUGGCUCCUCCUGCAGUUGCUACUCAUCUACCUCCCACAGUUAUCCUUGAAAACAAAACAGCAGCAGUAACAUUUCCACAGACCACCAAAGCCACAAUCCAUCCUACACUGGAUUUUCAGGGCCCUGGACUUUUUGGCCCUGACACUGGCCUGGGCCUUCCCACCUGCCUGUUGUGUGUGUGCCUCAGCGGCAGUGUGUAUUGUGAAGAUGCUGAUUUAAGCGAGAUCCCUCCUCUGCCCAAAGACACCACACACUUCUAUGCCCGCUUUAACAAGAUAACAGCGGUCAAGGCAAAGGACUUUCUUAACCAGAAUCAGUUGAAACGAAUCGACCUAAAAGGGAAUCAGAUCUCCAAUUUGGAUGAGGACACCUUCCGCACUCUCCCACAGCUCCAGGACCUAUUUUUAGCUGACAACAGAAUUAUGUCUCUGCCUGAGCUUCCAGCCACUAUGAGGCACAUUGAUGUUCGCAAUAACCGUCUGACGAGUGCUGGCAUACACAGAGAAGCCUUUAAGGAAAUGAAAGACUUGCAGUUCCUGUACCUGUCAGACAACCGACUAGAUUACAUUCCUGUCCCACUUCCUGAGAGUCUACGAGUGCUUCACUUGCAGAACAACAACAUACAGACCUUGAAUGAAGACACGUUUUGCAACAGUCACGACCUCAGCUAUGUACGCAAGUCUUUGGAAGACAUUAGAUUGGACGGAAACCCAUUGGAUGUGAACCAAUAUGCUCGGGCUUAUGUCUGCCUGCCAAGAUUGCCUGUGGGAAGCUCAUACUGAGUGUUAGCAGGGCAUAUGGCUACUUGACUUGCUGUGUUUCAGUAGAUUUAGGUUAUGUGAAAGAGUCACAAGUGAUAUGAUAAUAUGACAAAUGUAAGUCUUGGUUUUAACUAACCAAAUUUUUAUAUAACUGACAACCCUAAAUGGGCAACAAUAGAUAGAAAUUAAGUCUAUUUAUACUUUUUCCUUUUGCUCUUUUAUAAA